CUUUCACCUCCAGUUCCUCUCUUCUUCCUUUCUUCCUCUCUUCCUCUCUCUCACUUCCAUCUAAUCUCUCCCUCUGGUCCACGUCUCUUCUUUGGACCUCCCCCACUACUCUCUCUCUCACUCUCUCACUCUCUCACUCUCUCCCACUCACCUUUCUUAUACUCUUCUCUCCCCAUUCAUCUCCCUUCGGUCCUCCCAUCUCCAUCUCUUCCUGGGAGCUCCCUACAGUCACCAUGCCUGCCUCUGCUCCCCUCGUUAGCACCGCCAAUGGCGGCUCCAACGCCAACGACAACAUCACUCGUUUCGAUCCCCCCAGCCGUGUCCGCUCCCCUCAGGGCGCCGCUCUCUUCCACAACAAGACCCGAUGCUUCGUAUAUGGCAUGCAACCCAAGGCCGUCCAGGGUAUGCUCGACUUUGACUUCAUCUGCAAGCGCUCCACCCCGUCCGUCGCUGGCAUCAUCUACACGUUCGGUGGUCAAUUCGUCAGCAAGAUGUACUGGGGCACCAGCGAGACCCUCCUCCCCGUCUACCAGGAUGUCUCCAAGGCCAUGGCCAAGCACCCCGACGUCGACACCGUCGUCAACUUUGCCUCCUCCCGUUCCGUCUACAGCUCCACCAUGGAGCUGAUGCAAUGCCCCCAGAUCCGCUCCAUUGCCAUCAUCGCCGAGGGUGUUCCCGAACGCCGCGCUCGUGAGAUCAUGGUUACCGCCAAGGAAAAGGGCAUCACCAUCAUUGGCCCCGCCACCGUCGGUGGGAUCAAGCCCGGUGCCUUCAAGAUCGGUAACACCGGUGGCAUGAUGGACAACAUCGUCGCCUCCAAGCUCUACCGCCGCGGCUCCGUCGGCUACGUCUCCAAGUCCGGUGGCAUGUCCAACGAGUUGAACAACAUCAUCUCCCAGAACACCGACGGCGUCUACGAGGGUAUCGCCAUCGGUGGUGACCGCUACCCCGGUACCACCUUCAUCGACCACCUGCUGCGCUACCAGGCCGAGCCCGAGUGCAAGAUCCUCGUCCUCCUGGGUGAGGUCGGUGGUGUCGAGGAGUACCGCGUCAUCGAGGCCGUCCAGAACGGCGUCAUCACCAAGCCCAUCGUCGCCUGGGCCAUCGGCACCUGCGCCAGCAUGUUCAAGACCGAGGUCCAGUUCGGCCACGCCGGCGCCUCCGCCAACUCCCAGCUGGAGACCGCCGUCGCCAAGAACCAGGCCAUGCGCGACGCCGGCAUCCACGUCCCCGCCACCUUCGAGGACCUGCCCGAGGUGCUCAAGCAGGUCUACGACGCCGAGGUCCAGAAGGGCGCCAUCAAGCCCCAGCCCGAGCCCGUCGUCCCCAAGAUCCCCAUCGACUACUCCUGGGCCCAGGAGCUGGGUCUCGUCCGCAAGCCCGCUGCCUUCAUCUCCACCAUCUCCGACGACCGUGGCCAGGAGCUGCUCUACGCCGGCAUGCCCAUCUCCGAUGUCUUCCGCGAGGAUAUCGGCAUCGGUGGUGUCAUGUCCCUGCUGUGGUUCCGCCGCCGUCUGCCCCGCUACGCCAGCAAGUUCCUCGAGAUGGUCCUCAUGCUCACCGCCGAUCACGGUCCCGCCGUCUCCGGUGCCAUGAACACCAUCAUCACCACCCGUGCCGGCAAGGACCUCAUCAGCGCCCUCGUCUCCGGUCUGCUGACCAUCGGUUCCCGAUUCGGUGGUGCCCUCGACGGUGCCGCCGAGGAGUUCACCAAGGCCUUUGACAAGGGCCUGAGCCCGCGUGACUUUGUUGACGGCAUGCGCAAGGAGAACAAGCUGAUCCCCGGUAUUGGUCACCGUGUCAAGUCCCGCAACAACCCCGAUCUCCGUGUCGAGCUGGUCAAGGAGUUCGUCAAGAAGAACUUCCCCGCCACCAAGCUGCUCGACUACGCCAUUGCCGUCGAGACCGUCACCACCUCCAAGAAGGACAACCUGAUCCUCAACGUGGACGGGUGCGUCGCCGUCUGCUUCGUGGAUCUCAUGCGCAACUGCGGUGCCUUCUCUCCCGACGAGGUCGAGGACUACAUGCGCAUGGGUGUCCUGAAUGGUCUCUUCGUGCUGGGUCGCAGCAUCGGUCUGAUUGCCCAUUACCUGGAUCAGAAGCGUCUGCGGACUGGUCUGUACCGUCACCCGUGGGAUGACAUCACCUACCUGCUGCCCGCUCUCCAGAAGGGUGGCUCCGAGGGCCGUGUCGAGGUCAACAUCUAAUUAUCUACACCGUUUUAAUAUCCCUUUUUAAUCUCUUUUCCUUGAUCGACAUCCCCUGGAAUGGCCAGUGUGGGACACUUUUUGACGUUGGAGUUAUGACUGGUUGCGUUGCAUCUGUUUUUCGAAUCUUCUUUUUUCCUUCUACAGUCACGUCCGCUGAUCGAGAUGAUGAUUAUCAGCGCAGUGGCGCUCGACGUUAGAUGUUAGACUUAGCAUGACGACCAGAAUUACGUUUAAUUAUUGAGUUUGAG